AUGUCGCUGGACAUGGCGGCGAGUCGGGGCCCCGUGUUGCUGCUGUGGGCUCCCAGCCGUCUCAUCCGGGAGCUCCGCGCCUUCUGUGUGCCCGAGCUGCAAGAACAGUACCGGCAGGCUGCGCUGCGGCGCUGCGGCGGCACCGUGGCGGCCGCCCCGCCGCUGCCGCUCGCCGUGAACGCCGGAGACCUGUUGCUGGCGGAAGCUGGCUGCACAUGCCCUGCCUCCCAGCAGCCCAGCGCUGCAGGCCUCGACCUGCCGCUGCUGCUGGAGGCGGCGCAGAGGUGCACGCUCCUAACAGCCGCCCUCCAGCCGCUGGCGGCGGCGCCGACGCUCGAAGCUGCCGCGGCGGCCGCCGCCCAGGCGCUGCAAGCCGCAGGCGGCUCCGCAGCGCAGCACCCGCUCAGAGUGCUCAGCUGGGGAGGCGGCGCGGCCAGGGCGCCAGCCGAGCGCUUCCUGCGCCGCCGCCUGCAGCAGCUGGGGCUGGGAUGCAGCCCGCAGGCGGGGCUGCCAGCCCUCUGGUGCAUCCAGGAGCAGCAGCAGCAGCAGCCAGAGGUGCUCAUUGGCCUGGAGCUGGUGGCUGGGGCGCCGCUGCCUGCCGGUGCUGGGGAAGCUGCCCGGCGGCUGGGCCCUACCGCCAUGGCUCCUGAGCUGGCGGCCGUCAGCGCCAGCCUGGCAGCCGUCCACCCUGGCGCGCUGGUGCUGGACCCUUUCUGCGGUACUGGCAGCCUGCUGGAAGCUGCCCUGCAGCUGCACGGGGCGGGGCUGGCUGUGGGAUCCGACAUCGACCCCACCCACUUUGCACGCCACCCCAGCCAGCGCUGCACCACAGACACCAACCCCAGCAGCAGCCCCAGCGGCUGCCCCGGCGGCAGAUUGCCUGUGUUCAUGCAGGCCGACGCAGCUUCCCUGCGAUACCUGCUUCCCCCGGCAGUACUGGAUGCCAUCAUCACCGACCUUCCCUAUGGCUACCGCACCACCGUGGAGGCCGGCGGGGCAGGCAAUGCAGCGGACACAUCGGCAGCCGCAGGCAGCGCAGUCGGCACAGCAGCAGGCGCAGGCAGCGCAGCGGGAGCAGCAGCAGCAGAAGCCGAGGAGGCAGCUGGCGGUGCAGGCGGCUGGCGGCAGCUGCUGGGUGCGCUGCUGCAGCUGGCGGCGCACACGCUGGUGCCCGGCGGCCGCCUGCUGGCUUGGAUGCCCCUUGUGGCGGCCGGCGGCGCCAGCUGCUCGCAUGCUUCAGAGGGGCAGCAGCAGCGGGGAGGCAGCCCUUCACAGCAGCAGAAUCAGAAGCAGCAGGGAGUCACCUCCCCGCAGCAGCACCAGCAGCAGCAGCAGAAGCUGGAGGAGUGGGGCCUUCGGCAGCAGCCGCCCCUGCGCCUCCUGCACUGGCUGCCAGAGACCCGCCAGGCGGGCUACCCCAGAGCGGUGGCUGUCUUCCAACGGGAGCCCGGCAGCGGCGCCAGUGAUGGUACCAGCGAUGGUACCAGCGAUGGUACCACUGGCAGCAGCUGCGCCAAUAGCAGCGGCAGCGGCAGCAGCAGCAGCGGUAGUGCCAGGCAGGCGGCGCUUUUGCAGGCGCUGCGGGCCGCGGCGGCCAGCCGGCCGGUCCACAACUUGCCUGCCAGCGAGCAUCCCAGUAGUGGGGGGGCGCGGGAGAGUGGGAUGCAGCAGCUUCAGGAUGACCGGCAGCAGGCGCAGCAGGCGGGCCAGCAGGAGCGGCCUUCGGCAGCCGCCGUGCAGCUGCGAGGCGUUGCGUACCGCCAGGUCCGCGCCGCUGCCGCCGGCGCCGCCAUCGAUGUGUGGAGGGCGGCAUGGCUGGGAGACGCCGUCGCCAUCGCCGAGUAUGCUGCGGCCGGCGGCGAUGUGGAUGCCCGGGACCGCAAGGGCCAGACGGCGCUGCAGUUUGCGGCAGGCUACGGCAAGGAUGGGGCGGUGGCUGCACUGCUGCAGCUAGGAGCCGACCCCUCGGCGGCAGCAGACCGCAGCGGCACGGCGCCCCUGCACCGCGCCGCGGCCCGCAACCACCUCGCCGCCAUGCGCCUGCUGCUAGCUGACGGCGCCGACUGCUGGCAGGCCUCCGCGCCCGCCGCCGCCGCCGCCGCGGCCGCCGCAGCUCCGCGGGCGGCGGCAGCGGAGGCAGAGCCAGGGCGCGGCGCUGCGGGCGCGGCGGACGGCUCGUCACCCGCGGCAGGCGGCGGGCAGACGCCCCUCAUGUUUGCCGCCCAGUUUGGGCACGCGGGCGCGGUGUCGCUCCUGCUGGAGCACCUCGCCGGCAGCAGAGCCAACAGCAGCAGCAGCGGCAGCAGCGGCAGCAGCAGCAGCAGUGAUGGUGCUAUUGAAAGCGGCGGCGCAGGAACCGGCCGAGCUGCCGGCAGCGCCCUGCAGUGCCACCUGGCGCUGACCGACGCCUCUGGCCUCACCGCCCUCCACCUGGCGGCCCAGUGGGGCAUGGCGGCUGUGGUGCAGCUGCUGCUGGCUGCCGGCGCAGACCCCAACCAGCGGUCGCGGUGCCCCCGCCAGCUGGCGCCCGCCCACCUGGCGGCACGCUGGGGCCACGCUGAGGCGCUGGGCGCGCUGCGGCGGGGAGGCGCUGACCUGGCGGCCGCCUGCGCCGGCCGCGACUGGACGCCGCUGCGGGAGGCAGAGGAGUGGCGGCGGGCGGGCUGUGUGCGGCUGCUGCGAGGGCUGGCGGGUGAGGAGGAGCAGCAGCAGCAGGGGCGAGAGGCGCAGCGGGAGCAGCAGGAGCAGCAAGGUGGGCAGCAGCCGGCGUGA